GUACGUUUGGUUAAAUACCCCUGGAUGGUUAAAAAAAUGUUGGUAUAAAUGUACAUCAUCCCCCCCGCUUUCUCCCCCAGUGGUAGCGGCAGGAGGGUGCGUAGUCAGUUACAGCCUCAGCGGACAAUAGACUCGAGGGAGGGAACAUGUUUACAUAAGGAAGGACUAGGGCUGUUUGUUAGGAGCGGCACAACCAUGGACAAGACUGCCGUAGUAAAAGUCGGUGCYGCGGCCAGUGCCAGUGUAUGUGCCCUGUUCGGUGGUGUGGUUCUCGCCCAGUACAUGUUCGCCAAGAAGAAGAGAGCGGGAAAGAAAACGAARAUCAUCGAGAUGAUGCCAGAGUUUGAGAAGAACACGGUCCACAUGAGGGAUCCAGAGCGGGUGGAACGGAUCAUCUGUGACAUGAUCAAGGGUGGCGCCUCCAAACUACAGGUCAUCACUGACUUUGACAUGACGUUAAGCCGGUUCGCAGUCAAUGGCAAACGCUGCCCCACGUGUCAUAAUAUCAUUGACAACUGCAAGCUUGUCACCGAGGAUUGUAGGAYGAAGUUACUGGAGCUUAAGAACACAUAUUACCCCAUAGAGAUCGACCCCCAUCUAACGAUGGAGGAGAAGUAUCCAUUUAUGGUAGAAUGGUAUUUUAAGUCCCACACAUUACUGGUGGAGCAGAGGCUACAGAAGGACAAACUCUCGGAGGUGGUGAGAGACUCAGACGCCUGCCUGAGGGAGGGCUAUGAGCCGUUCUUUGACCGGCUCCAGCAGCACAACGUGCCCGUGUUCAUCUUCUCAGCGGGUCUGGGAGACGUCCUGGAGGAGAUCAUCCACCGCGGGGUCUACCACCCCAACGUCAAGGUGGUGUCCAACUUCAUGGACUUUGACGAGAAUGGCGAGCUAGGGCUUAAGGGAGAACUGAUCCAUGUGUUCAACAAGCACGACGGCGCCCUGCGCAACACGGAGUACUUCAAACAGGUGAAGGACAACUGCAACAUCGUGCUGCUGGGAGACUCGUUAGGCGACCUCAACAUGGCUGACGGCGUGCCCAACGUGGAGAACAUCCUCAAGAUCGGCUUCCUCAAUGACAAGGUGGAGGAGCGUUUGGAGAAAUAUCUGGACUCUUAUGACAUCGUCCUGGUAAAGGACGAGACUCUAGAAGUGCCCAAUUCCAUCCUUCAGAAGAUUCUAUAACUCAUCCCCUCUCCACAUCAUACUGACACACUUCCCCCAAACCCAUGGAAAAUGAACCGACCUCUGGACCCCCAGACGGACGUUACUGGCCCCCCGCCACUGACUCACAGCCCCUCGACAUACACUAGCUCCAUGGGCACCCCUCCUUGGAUCCCACCUCUGCCACCAACCAUAGGGUCAUGGUUUUGGGUACUGGAUGUUCCCUUCACCUCUUUAUGAAGACAUUUAUUCUCCUAUCAAUGAACUAUUUUAAAGUACACAGCCUCAGUCUUUGUCUGUCUGCAACCUUGUCGAUGUCCUCCACCCCAUAACUAAAAAGUAAUAGCAAAUGCUAACAAUU